AUGUCAUCAAAUCGGCCAUCCGGCUUCUCCAACCUUCGCAUGGGAGAAGUCAUACGUGAGAAGGUACAGGAUGGCUUGACCGGGGAAACGAAAGAGAUGCAGUACACCCAGUGCAAGAUUGUGGGCAAUGGCUCCUUUGGCGUCGUCUUCCAGACCAAGCUGUCUCCUUCCGGCGAAGAUGCGGCCAUCAAGCGAGUCCUGCAAGACAAACGCUUCAAGAACCGAGAACUCCAAAUCAUGCGCAUCGUGCGCCAUCCCAACAUCGUCGAGCUCAAAGCCUUCUACUACUCCAACGGCGACAGGGUUAGAGAACUCGACCACCUCAUGGGUGUCCAGACCGCGCUGAUCGCAGCGCAGAAAGAUGAAGUAUACCUCAACCUCGUCCAGGAAUACGUCCCCGAGACCGUGUACCGGGCUUCGCGACACUUUAACAAACUCAAGUCCACCAUGCCCAUCCUCGAGGUCAAGCUCUACAUCUACCAACUCUUCCGCUCCCUCGCCUACAUCCAUUCCCAGGGCAUCUGCCAUCGAGACAUCAAACCCCAGAAUCUCCUGCUCGACCCGGCGUCCGGCAUCUUGAAGCUGUGCGAUUUCGGCAGCGCCAAAAUCCUCGUGGAGAAUGAGCCAAACGUGUCGUACAUUUGCUCCCGCUAUUACCGUGCUCCGGAGCUCAUCUUUGGUGCUACUAAUUACACCACCAAGAUUGACGUUUGGUCAACUGGAUGCGUCAUGGCGGAACUCAUGCUCGGGCAGCCGCUCUUCCCCGGAGAAUCGGGCAUCGACCAGCUCGUCGAGAUCAUCAAAGUCCUCGGCACCCCCACACGUGACCAGAUCCGCACGAUGAACCCCAAUUACAUGGAGCACAAGUUCCCGCAGAUCAAGCCCCAUCCCUUCAAUAAGGUGGGUGUUGACGCUAAGUUCCCGUUGGAUUACGUCCCAUCAGGCUCACCAUUGCAACAGGUUUUCCGUAAGGCGGAUCCGAAUGCCAUUGAUUUGAUCGGCCAGCUCCUCGAAUACACGCCCACGCAGCGUCUCUCGGCCAUUGACGCAAUGGUCCACCCAUUCUUCGAUGAGCUGAGAGACCCCAGCACCAGACUGCCCGACUCGCGUCAUUCGAAUGGGAGCAGCAAGGAAUUGCCUACCCUUUUCGACUUCUCUCUACAUGAGCUCUCCAUCGCCCCCAACCUCAAUCAUCAGCUCGUACCGCCUCACAUGCGGCCCGUCCUGGCCGCGAAGGGGCUAGACAUCGAGAAUUUACAGCCUCUCACCAAAGAGCAGAUGCUGGCGCGCCUGGACUGA